AUGACGGGUGACGCAAGGGGAACUGCCUUCUUCCUCUUCUUAGUGUACGCUGUGGCGCAAUGUUACAACAGCGUAGAAGAAAGCACGAAGAUCGAUCACACAGAGUUAUUGGCUGCCUUACUGGCUGAUCACGACAUCCGAAUCAGGCCUAAUGUGCACGGUAGGGACUAUUCUAUAACGACGUAUUUUCGACAGCACUGGAACGACCCCAGAUUACAGUUCAAUGCCACAGGAUUCAUCAACAUGAAUGGUAAUAUCAUGGACGCCAUUUGGGUUCCUGAUCUGUAUUUUGAGAACGCUAAAGAUACCGCUGUACACACAACAACCAAAGACAAUUUAUUUUUACGAAUUUAUCCAAAUGGUGAUGUGUUCUAUAGUGUUAGACUGGGUCUCAAAUUAACAUGUCAUAUGCAUCUAUCACGGUUUCCAAUGGAUCGCCAGCAGUGCAAGAUAGAAGUGGAAACGUAUUCGUACACAACAACGGACAUGAAGCUUCAAUGGUUCGAUACGAGUCCUCUACAAAUUGACCCGGAAGGAACUACUCGCAUCUUCGCUAAAAUCAAACUUAAACGUGAACUUGGUUUCUACAUCUUACAAGCAUAUGUGCCAAGUAUCCUGUUGGUGAUUCUAUCCUGGUUUUCAUUGUGGAUGGAGCCAAGUGCAGCGCCCGCCAGAGUUGCUUUGGGGAUUACCACUGUGCUUGCGUUGGUUACGCAAGGUACAUGGAUGAGAAGUCAACUGCCUAAGGUUGCUUACGCAACGGACAGAGACACCUGUGAUACGCAUGCGUAG